CCGGACCAGGGCGGGACCAGCCGCCGCUGUCUCCCAGCGUCUCGGUCUCCCGUCUCCCACAGCGCCCGGGCAGCAGCAGCGCGAGAAGCGGAAACCGCCGGGUCUGGGCUUUCUUUGGAGACGCCUCCGCUUCGGUCCGAACGGCCCUGACAGAGCAUCACCGAUCCUGCCCUCUUCGGUCGGGCCGCUGCCAGCUGCGCUCCCCGUAAGGGGCCUCAGGUUCCACCACUUCCACCACCCCCUUCCCCUACGUAGUCCAGCUCAGCCCAGCCCGGCCCGCACCUCCAUCCUUACUCGCUGGGCUCCCACCUGUGACACCCGCGCCAUGGCGGAGCAGGAGAGCCUAGAGUUCGGCAAGGCGGACUUCGUGCUCAUGGACGCCGUGACUAUGCCGGAGUUCAUGGCCAACCUCAGGCUCAGGUUUGAAAAAGGACGCAUCUAUACAUUUAUUGGAGAAGUCGUUGUUUCUAUGAACCCUUAUAAAUCCUUGAACAUCUAUGGAAGAGAUACAAUUGAACAGUAUAAAGGGCGAGAGCUCUAUGAAAGACCACCUCAUCUCUUUGCCAUUGCUGAUGCUGCUUACAAGGCAAUGAAGAGGCGAUCUAAAGACACUUGUAUUGUGAUAUCAGGUGAAAGUGGUGCUGGGAAAACUGAAGCCAGUAAAUAUAUAAUGCAGUAUAUUGCUGCCAUUACCAAUCCCAGCCAGAGAGCAGAGGUUGAAAGGGUGAAGAAUAUGUUGCUGAAAUCGAACUGUGUACUGGAGGCCUUUGGAAAUGCCAAAACCAACCGUAAUGACAACUCCAGUAGGUUUGGAAAGUAUAUGGACAUCAACUUUGAUUUCAAAGGGGAUCCUAUAGGAGGACACAUCAAUAAUUAUUUACUAGAGAAGUCUCGAGUGAUUGUGCAGCAGCCUGGAGAAAGAAGCUUUCAUUCCUUCUACCAGCUGCUUCAAGGGAGUUCUGAGCAGUUGCUGCGUUCUCUUCAUCUCCAGAAGGGUCUCUCAUCUUACAACUACAUCCGUGGAGGAGCUCAGCUGAAGUCUUCCAUCAAUGAUGCUGCAGAUUUCAAAGGAGUAGCAGAAGCCAUGAAGGUGAUUGGCUUCAAGCCGGAAGAGAUUCAAACCGUUUAUAAAAUUCUGGCUACUAUUCUCCAUUUGGGGAAUCUGAAAUUUAUAAUGGACGGUGAUGUCACUCUGAUUGAAAAUGGCAAAGUUGUGUCCAUCAUCGCAGAUUUACUCUCUACCAAGUCUGAGUUAGUUGAGAAAAGCCUGCUUUACCGGACAGUGGCGACAGGCCGCGAUAUCAUCGACAAGCAGCACACAGAACAGGAAGCCAGCUAUGGCCGAGAUGCCUUUGCAAAGGCAAUCUAUGAACGUCUUUUCUGCUGGAUUGUCAGCCGCCUCAAUGAUGUGAUUGAGGUAAAGAAUUAUGACACCAUCAUCCAUGGGAAGAACACAGUUAUUGGGGUCUUAGAUAUCUAUGGCUUUGAGAUCUUUGACAACAACAGUUUUGAGCAGUUCUGCAUCAAUUACUGCAAUGAGAAACUGCAACAGCUCUUCAUUCAGCUGGUUCUGAAGCAAGAGCAGGAGGAAUACCAACGGGAAGGGAUUCCUUGGAAGCAUAUCGAUUAUUUUAACAAUCAAAUCAUUGUCGACCUGGUGGAACAGCAGCACAAGGGGAUCAUCGCCAUACUGGAUGAUGCCUGUGUGAACGUGGGCAAAGUGACCGAUGAAAUAUUCCUGGAAGUCCUUAACACCAAACUAAACAAGCAUGCACAUUACUCCAGUCGGAAGCUCUGUGCCACAGACAAAACCCUAGAGUUUGAUCGAGAUUUUCGAAUUAGGCAUUAUGCUGGAGAUGUCGUCUAUUCAGUCAUUGGCUUCAUUGACAAAAACAAAGACACCUUAUUUCAAGAUUUCAAACGCCUCAUGUACAACAGUUCAAAUCCUGUGCUGAAGAACAUGUGGCCCGAAGGCAAACUGAGCAUUACAGAAGUUACCAAACGACCUUUAACAGCUGCUACCUUGUUUAAGAAUUCCAUGAUUGCCUUAGUAGACAACCUGGCAUCAAAGGAACCAUAUUAUGUACGUUGCAUUAAACCAAAUGACAAAAAGUCCCCUCAGCUGUUUGAUGAAGAGAGAUGCCGGCAUCAAGUGGAAUAUCUUGGGCUACUGGAAAAUGUGAGGGUGCGGCGGGCAGGAUUUGCUUACCGUCAGACCUAUGAGAAGUUUCUUCACAGGUACAAGAUGAUCUCUGAAUUUACCUGGCCCAAUCAUGACCUCCCUUCAGACAAGCAAGCUGUGAAAAAACUCAUUGAGGGCUGUGGUUUCCAGGAUGAUGUGGCUUAUGGAAAGACCAAAAUUUUUAUCCGCACUCCCAGGACACUUUUUACCUUGGAAGAACUCCAUUCCCAGAUGCUUGUAAGGAUCGUCCUCUUUCUACAAAAGGUGUGGAGGGGCACCAUCGCCCGAAUCAAAUACAAGAGAACAAAGGCUGCUCUGACCAUCAUCAGGUACCAUCGACGUUACAAAGUCAAGUCAUACAUCCAAGAGGUCAACAAACGUUUGCAGGGUGUGAAGAACAUGAAGGACUAUGGGAAGCAUGUGAAGUGGCCAACUCCUCCUAAAGUUCUGCACCGCUUUGAAGAGGCCCUAAAGACAAUUUACCAGAGAUGGAGAGCAGCCCAGCUUAUCCGGAGCAUACCCCCCUCCGACUUGCCCCAGGUCAGGGCAAAGGUUGCUGCCGUGGAAAUGUUAAAAGGCCAUAGAGCUGACCUUGGCCUACAGAGAGCCUGGGAGGGAAACUACCUUGCAGCAAAGCCAGACACCCCUCAGACCACAGGCACUUUUGUCCCUGUUGCCAAUGAACUAAAGCGGAAGGACAAAUACAUGAAUGUUCUGUUUUCCUGCCAUGUCCGCAAGGUAAAUCGAUUUAGUAAAGUGGAAGAUAGAGCCAUUUUUGUCACUGAUCGUCACCUGUAUAAGAUGGACCCCACCAAACAGUAUAAAGUGAUGAAGACCAUCCCCCUCUAUAAUUUGACUGGGUUGAGUGUCUCCAAUGGAAAGGACCAGCUAGUAGUUUUCCAUACAAAAGACAACAAAGACCUCAUUGUCUGCCUUUUCAGCAAACAGCCAACCAAUGAGAGUCGGAUUGGUGAACUCGUGGGGGUUCUGGCAAAUCAUUUCAAGAGUGAGAAACGCCAUCUACAAGUCAAUGUCAACAACCCUGUGCAGUGCAGCUUACAUGGCAAGAAGUGUACCGUCUCCGUGGAAACGCGCAUCAACCAACCAGAGCCCGACUUCACCAAGAACCGUUCUGGCUUCAUCCUCAGCGUGCCCGGAAACUAGCUAGCAGCCCCCAGGCUGGAGAGAGACCUCAGACGGGAGGGGUGGGAGGGGACAAAGGGGCUGCCGGGGCCCUGGGGAGUCGGGGAGAGGCUUAAAUCAGUUCAGGGGUGGCUUGCUGUCCCCCCACCCCACCCCACCCCCAGCGCCUGCCUCCGUCUAGCCCAAAGGUUAGGGAGCAGACUCCCAGGAAGCUUUUUGUCCUUGCUAAGCAUCAUAGAUUCCAAUCUAAUCUGCUGAAUCGCCUGCUAAUGUAGCUCAGGCAACCUGACUAGAAAUGGGCUUGGGGAGAGCGAUCUCUAAGUGCACCUCCUUUUCCUCGCCCUCGCCCCUCCUCCAAGCAGCCACGAGCACUCCCGAGAGGGGCCUUUCCUUCUCCUGCCAGUGUCCUGACACCUCCACUAGAGAAAGCAAGGAGCUGGGGGACAAGGGGGAGGAGAAGGCUCCAAGCCACCUCCGCAGGACCAAAGCCUUCCCUCGCUCGGUCACAUCGAAAUUCGAACUAGUGACCCUGCUGCUGACCUUGUAGAAGAUGGGGAGAAGCACUCCAAGGGCUGCCUUUUUCUACUCUGAAAAAGAUGCUCUUUUAGAGAAUUGCACCAAAGAACUGGGGACAGAACCUGCUCGUGCCUGAAACUGAGUUGUGCCUGACCAGGGGACUCAGAGCCUCACAAUCCCCCCCCCAGCCCUGACACCCCAACUCUGAUGUCAUCUGUGCCUUCGGGAAUCUCUCUGCCACCCAAAGGCUCGGUGGGAGGCUGAAAGCCACCCUUCGUGCUAGCUUUGCCCAUCGCCAGCACCAACCGCAUCAGGCUGUUGUGUCCAGAUCCCCAAAGCCAAGGUCUUCCCCGGCUCUGAAACGCCCGGCAAGGGCACCGAGGGCCCACUUUCGGGGCCCACGAUGCACCCCCAGGGGCCUUCUCUCUCUCCCACCAUCCGGCGGAGGAUGAGCGCAUUCCACUAAUGUCCGUCCCCUGUAGUUAACCCUGCAUCUCCUCACCUACGUUGCACAUGUAACCCGGCUCAGCCCCCGCUUCUGCUCCUGCAGGGGUCCUGCGCCAGAUGCCCUCGCUGUAAAGCGCUUCUUUGUCAGGAGGACCCACGGGCAGUGCAGGUCGGGCGCAGGGGGCAUCCCGGGGCUGGGAGCUUUUAGAUAGAUACAUACAUCUAAUUGUAUAGCAGGCUUAUCUUGAGAUAUAUGAAUGUGGUGGGAGGGAAGCGGCGUUUGGAGAUUACAGAAAGUGGAGAGAUUCUUAGUAAUCGAUUAAUUAUUAGAGAUUAGUAAUAGAUCCUGGCACUGCUGGCCAGGCCAGGACUCCCGCCCUUCAUGCUGAACAAAGCCUGAUCCUAGGAAACCAGGCUGAGAAAGGUCUCCUGCUUGCCACUCCGUGCCCAGCUCAAAGCAUGCGCAUUCAGACCUGAGAAGGGAGACUGCCUGUACCAGGUACCAAGCAGUUGUACCCAGGCCACCCGUCUUGUUCUCUAAGGCGGUCAAGCCUUUUGUCCUGGGAGUGGCCCAAACCUAGGGUCACAGAGGGAGAGAGGAGCGCUUACUGGGCUGGGGGUACCAGAAAAAGAGAGUGCCUGGGCGUGAGGGUACCCCAAGAAACAUGGUUGAGGAGCACCCCAAAAGGAAGGAAGAAACUGCCUUUUGGAACAAGAAGGAGUCAACUUCACUCCUGGAUGAUUGGGGGAAGAGGCAGAAGGGACUAUUUGGGAUCCCCCAAACCCAUGUGCCCCUUGUUUCUCUAGAUCCUCUCCCCAAACCUUCAACCUUCCUCCUGUCCCACAAAGGACAAGCCAAGGGCCUCAGUACAGCCCAGAGGGAAGGGGAGCCCCUCAGCACCCCAAUUCCCAUCCCCUCAACUCCCUCGGUCCAGCUUGUCACCCUUGCCCGGUGACCACCUCCAUUUGCACUGUAUGGGAUUCCCCCACAAGGAAUCCCAUUGGCAUUCUCCUUGUUGCCUUCUUUUUUUGUUUUAAUUCUUAUUGAAGCCAUAUCAAGCAUUAGCAAACAGAAGUCAGCCUGUCCCAACGGCUUGAGUAGUGAGUGCCUGAUAGGCCAACGGCAAAGUUUAGCGGCGCUCCUCGUGGUGCCAAUUCCCAUAGACGCUUGUAGAAGAGACCAACCUCCACUUUUGACCCCAUUUCCAUAUCGUUGCCCAACGUGCUUGCUUUGGAUUAUCUAUUUGUAAAAAUACUCCUGAGACCUGCCAAACGAGUCGUCAUCGUCUUCUUCUUCGAGGCCGGGGUGAAGGAGGCCUUUGGGGGGGGGGGAUAUUUUUCUUUCUUUUUUAACAAAAAAAAAAAGGAAGGAAGGCCAUUCUUUCUGAAGAUCCGAUCUGCUUCUCGGGUCCAGUCCCAGAGUCCCCGGCCUGAGCCCGCAGACGGGAGGGCCAGGGGCACACCUGGCUGUCCGAUCGGGACAUGUUGGUGACCUGCUUCAGUGAAGGGUCUCCCAGGGAGCUGCGACCAAAGACCGGAGUUAGGGAUUGAUGGCAGAGAGGAGGAAGAGGAGGAAGAGGAAGAGGAGGAAGACGAGGGAAAGGAAAGGGUUAUCCAUGGUGAUUGUAUGUAAUGAAGUCUUUCUCUUGAUUAAAUUAAAUCCAAUUUUUUGUUGUUAUUGUUGGUGGUGCAUAUAUUCCUAUUUUUCAUUAAAUUAACUUUAUUUCCAAAGCCUAUUUUGAUUCACCACAAAGAGCAAUAAAGCAUUGAAUCUUA